GUAGCGGAGCGAGUUUAGCUCUUCCGGUUGUAGUGGAAGAUUUGCAGGGAGAGAGCAGCCGGAGAAUCUCGCUGAUGGACGGCGACGGGGUACAAACACUAGCGACAUGGAGAGAGAGUGUGAGGAGUCUGUAGUUGUCGCAGUUGUGACUGAGCCCCGGUUCACGCAGAGAUACCGAGACUACCUGGAGGAGCAGAAACUCUUGGACAGGCUGCACCGGGUGGCGAAGCUGCGGGAUGGCGCGGUGGCUCUGCCGGUGCUGGCGGAAAGCCUUUCUGAGCAGCAUCUGCAGGAGCUGAGGGAUCGCGUGGCCCCAGGCAGCACUUGUGUGCUGACGCGGCUCCCGGAUCCUCUUCCUUCCAAAAAGGCCCGGGUUCGUUCACCUGCUCAGAUACUGUGUCUGGAGGUGAGGCGUUGGGUGGAGGACCGCGGAGUGACGUGGUCCGCUGAGUUGGAGGCAGAUUUGCCCCGGUCUUGGCAACGGCAUGGUGACCUAAUGCUGCUUAGUGAAGACUGCUUCCAAGCCACGCUGUGGAAAGGUCUGGAGCCAGAACUCUGGGAGACUGUUGCCUCGGCCCUGGGAGUUCAACGUUUGGCAAAACGAGGGCGGGUGCUACCUGAUGGGACUCGAACUCCGUCAGUGACUCUGCUGCUGGGUGACCAUGGCUGGGUAGAGCAUAUGGAUAAUGGCAUCCGGUAUAAGUUUGAUGUGACACAGUGCAUGUUCUCCUUUGGAAACAUCACCGAGAAACUUCGAGUGGCGUCUCUGUCCUGUGCUGGAGAGGUGCUGGUGGAUCUCUACGCAGGGAUUGGUUAUUUUACAUUGCCCUUCCUAGUUCAUGCUGGCGCUGCCUUCGUACAUGCCUGUGAAUGGAAUCCUCAUGCUGUAGUUGCUUUAAGAAACAACUUGGAGAUCAAUGGAGUGGCAGACCGGUGCCAAAUACAUUUUGGGGACAACAGGAAACUGAAGCUCUCAGACAUUGCAGAUAGGGUGAACCUCGGGCUCAUUCCCAGUUCUAAAGAAGGCUGGCCCGUUGCCUGCCAAGUGCUUCGGAAGGACGUUGGGGGUAUUCUGCAUAUCCACCAAAAUGUGGAGUCUUUCUCAGGAAAGACUCCACAGCCACCUGGAAGCAAUAACGUGGAAAAAGAGCACUGGCCUCGUCCCCAGAAAAUCACCACUGAUACACAGGGAAAUGGAACUACUGAGAAUUUCAGGGGGGAAAUAUCAUCGGCCAACAAACCAGAGUGGUGGAGAUGGGCAGAAUCUGCAGAAACUCAGAUCGCCUCUCUUCUUCAUCAAGUGCAUGGGAAACCAUGGAGGACACGAAUCUUGCAUGUCCACCCAGUGAAAUCUUACGCCCCUCACGUGGAUCACAUAGUCCUAGAUCUAGAAUGCCGGCCCCUGACCUCUAGUUGGCCAGAAGGAGUAGAUUUACUGACACAGUAAUUGCCAGAUGAGUGCCUCAUCGAGGGCUGUGUUCUCACCCUUCUGUUUUCUGGUGACCUUUUAAAGUGAUCUGUGGUCUGAAAAUGAACUCUAGAUCGAUCCAAAGUUGUCUUCUGUUGAUCACAUUGAGAAUGUAUUAAAGUAUCAGAGGAAACCAAUGUGACUCAUUAAAAUAGGUUUCACCUGUGCAGACAUGAAUUCUGCAUUUUUUACCUUAGCUUUCAGUGAUAUGGCCUUAAUAUUCAUUUGGUCUUGGAUUUAUUUGCAUAUAGAGCCUCCUUGAAUUGGAUCGUGUGGCUUUUUUUUCUAGUAAGUCAUACAGACAUUAUUACAUGAAAUACAGUAUUGGUCCCACAGAGUACUAGCUACAUUAUGUGAAAUCAACUGGUAAGCCAAGAUCAAAAUAGGGAAACCAGUGUCCAUUUCUACAGAUGUUUUGUAGUUUGCAGGUACAAAGUGACAGUGGUUUGCACUAAAGUGGUAGCCAUGGGGUCUUGGAAAAUAAUAGGUUGGAGAAAAAUCAGUGUGACCAAGUUAUGAACUCCAGACUGAAGCAUUAAUGUGAUGCUGCUUUGAUACCGAGACUAAAUUACAUAGGAAGGGGCAGUAAGUAGAGGUAACUCAAAUUCUAUAGCAUUUCUCAGUGGAGUGUCUGUGUGUGGGUGUGGUAUUAAAGUAUUAAAUAUUAGAUCUUUUUUAUUUUAUGUUAAAAAGAGUUAAGGCAUAACUCAUGCCUGUAAUCUCAGUACUUGGAAGGCUGAAGACAAGAUGAUUGCUAUAAGUUCAAGGGCAACCUUGGUCAAGGUAUAGAGUAAGACCUUGUCUUAAAACCAAGGAUCACUUCUCUGAACUGUAAUCUAAAGUUCUAGCCUUGGGCAGUAUAAUAGCUGUACAAAAAUCCUAAGAUUUUUAUAGACUUCUUUUCCUGGUCAAGAAACUAUAGGAAGCGCUUGCCUUUUGUCAGAUGCUGUGAACAGGCAGUUGGUGUCAGGUGUAGCUGGUGGAAUUCAUUUCACUAAGAGUUGUUCGAUCCUGAGUCCCACGUAGCCCAGUUACAUAACAAGACAGGAAGGGAAAUAAAGACAGCUGGGAAGGCAAAGCUCUGGUUUCCCACAGUAUGACUUGUACCUAUAGUGGUCAGGUAAGCUAGUGUUGGCACAGAGAUGUAGCAGGCAUUCUAAGGAUGCUGUUGAGUUUUCACCCUGGAGAUGUAGCAUCCAGGUAUGCUAAAACAGGAUUACAGGACUUCCUUUAUUGAGGAAAUCCUUGAACAGUGUUACUAGCCCUGAAAAGUAUUUCUUUUUCAUUAAAAAAAUAAAACACACACACAUAUACAUACAAGAUGAAAUGUCUAGAAGCAACAGUAGCAGCUGUUGCUACUGUGGGUAGGAAACACAGUUUUCCAACCAUCUGAUUAUAGAGUCACAAGGCUUUCUACUUUCCACUGCUUUUGCCACUAGGAUAGCUAAUCGCUGAGGAUCACAUAGAGCUCUGUUUUGACGAACUUUGAAGCCCAGUGAGCUGGUUUGCUUGAUGAAGGAGACAGACAACAGGAUGUCUUCUUCCUUGUCUUGCUAUAAAACCCCGCCUUACAUGCGUUGUGCAUGCCUGCUGCUCUCUUUCUUGCAACAGUAGCUAUAAGGGCUGUGCCGGUGCCUUUCUCAUUAAGCACAAAUAUUCAGUGCCUGCUACAUGUGAUAGGUACAGAAAAUAAAGGUCCAUUAGGUUAAAAAGUCCUCUCCCCAGGGAGCUCACAGCUUAGCAGCAGAGAGUACAGAGGUCCUCAAUGCUGGAGCAGAGUAGCUGCCACACAAUAACUUGCUGGACAGAUGCAAAAAGGGGAAGAAAGUUCUGACAAAUAAAUAGGAAGUCUAUGAGGAACUAGAACUGGUACUUGAAUUGGUUGAGUGAGAUUUUGCUAGGUGGGGAGGAAGCAGAACUAGGCCCCAAAGUUUCAGUGCUCUGGAAGUGAGCCAUUGUGAUUUGCUUGUAACAGGACAUGAUGAUAUGUGUGUUGGCAAUGAGACUGUUGUGAGCAGGGUCUUCUACACAGUAAACUCCCAAGGAAAUGCUAUCCUAUGGCCCCACUGCAGAGCCCUGCUUGUAACACUCCUUUCUCAGAGAGUCUUUCCUGUGUUUGCCUAAAUUGUCAUACUUCCUCUUCACUGACUAGGUUUCUUUGCACUCGUGCGCCAACAGCUUGCCAUAUCAGAACUAAAAUGCUAAAGGUGCCAACUUAGGGCUUGAGUCCAAGGGAGAUGAGUCAGAGCACCACUUGGGGACUGAGGAAUUGCCUUUUGUCAUAUGCUGUGACCAGGCAGUUGGUGUCAGGCGGAGCUGGUGGGAUUCAUUUCACUAAACAUUGUUUAAUCCUUGAGUCCCAGGUGGCCUGGGUUAUAUAACAAGACAGGAAGGGAAAUAAAGACAGCUGGGAAGGCAAAACACUGGUUUCUCAUUACCCGAGGACUAAAUGAUCAAAGGUGAGCUAGAAACCCCUGAUUGGGAUUAAAGUUUUCUACAACAGUCAGGUAAGCUAGUGUUGGCACGGAGCAGACAUUCCAAGGAGGCUGUUGAGUUCUUACCCUGGAGAUGUAGCAUCCAGGUAUGCUAAGAUGGGAUACAGGACUUGUAUUAAGGAAAUCCUUGAUCAGCAACAUGAACCCUGAAAAGUCUAAUCUUUGCCAUU